UCUUGGCCAUUGAUCAGAUGAACAACUUCCGCAUAACGCUGCCCUCACGCCGGAUUUAACAUGGCGGCGGGACCGAUUUCAGAGAGAAACCAAGAUGCAACGGUGUAUGUGGGUGGACUGGAUGAAAAGGUGUCCGAGCCACUGCUGUGGGAGCUCUUUCUACAGGCAGGGCCAGUGGUCAACACACACAUGCCUAAAGACAGAGUCACAGGGCAGCACCAAGGCUAUGGCUUUGUGGAGUUCCUCAGUGAAGAGGAUGCUGACUACGCCAUCAAGAUAAUGAAUAUGAUCAAACUAUACGGCAAGCCCAUCCGCGUCAAUAAGGCCUCGGCGCACAACAAGAACCUGGAUGUGGGCGCCAACAUUUUCAUCGGUAACCUGGACCCGGAGAUCGACGAGAAGCUCCUCUACGACACAUUCAGCGCCUUCGGGGUCAUCCUCCAGACGCCCAAGAUCAUGCGUGACCCGGACACCGGCAACUCCAAGGGCUAUGCCUUCAUCAACUUCGCCAGUUUCGACGCCUCGGAUGCGGCCAUCGAGGCCAUGAACGGCCAGUACCUGUGCAACCGGCCCAUUACGGUGUCCUACGCCUUCAAGAAGGACUCCAAGGGGGAGCGACACGGCUCGGCCGCCGAACGCCUCCUAGCAGCGCAGAACCCGCUGUCACAGGCCGACCGGCCACAUCAGCUGUUUGCCGACGCGCCUCCUCCGCCCUCGGCCCCGACGCCGGUCCUCACCGCGCUCGGUGCCGGGAUGCCCAUGCCCGGGAUGCCCCCGCCCGGAGCCUUCCCUCCCGUGCCGCCCCCCGGAUCCAUGCCUCCCGGUAUGCCCCCCGGUAUGCCCAUGCCCCCAGCCCCAGGGACACCCGGACCCCAAGGAGGGGGCUCAGGCCCCCCACCCGGCCCCCCACCCUUCCACCAAGGCAUGCACCCGGGAAUGCCCCAGAUGCCCAUGCACCCUCACGGCCACCCCCCAGGGAUGGUGCCCCCGCCACCAGGGCCCCCGGGCUCCAACCAGCACCGCGCGCCCCCGCCCCCCGGCAUGCCAUCUCAUCCACACAUGGGCAUGCCACCAAGAGGCCCCUACGGGCAUCCCAUGGGUCACCCCAUGCAUCCAGGCAUGAGAGGACCACCUCCCCCUAUGCCCCCACCCGGCUACGGCGGGGGUCCACCACGACCACCUCCAUUUGGCUUCCAGAGGGGGCCUCCGAUGCCCCCCAGACCCCCCGGGGGCCCACCUCGGGGCCCCAUGAGAGGACCAAUGCCACCAUAGACAAUGGAGGACCACAGCAUGGCGCAUGAUAUGCUUUCAAUUAGCUUUUUUAUGUCUAUUCCGGAGUACAAUUUUGAAACAUGGUUUAGUUACAUGUUUUCUAUUGUUAUUUUCAUGCUCACUGUACAGACCCUGAUACUGUUGGGAAUAAAGGUUUUAAUACAAAAC